AUGAGACUCUCACAAUCGCUCCUAUUACUGGCUACUGCUGGGUCAACUGCCCACGCUGCUGAAAAGCAGGCCCGUCCCCGCGGCGUGGGCCCGGAAUUCUCGAAAUUCUAUCAGGACUCCGAUACCUUUACCUGCAUUUCCAACCCCUCCAUCAAAAUCCCCUUCUCGGCGGUCAAUGAUGACUUCUGUGACUGUCCGGAUGGAAGUGAUGAGCCCGGCACAGCUGCUUGCUCCCACAUCUCGCGCAAUUCGCCUUUGACAGUGGCAGAUCGACCUGGAAACAGCGACCUGGAUGUUGCUCUCGGAUUACCUGGCUUCUACUGUAAAAACAAGGGCCACCGUCCAUCUUACGUCCCAUUCCAACGGAUCAACGAUGGGAUCUGUGACUAUGAAAUGUGCUGUGAUGGUAGCGAUGAGUGGGCUCGUGUUGGCGGUACGAAGUGUGAAGACCGCUGCAAGGAGAUCGGCAAGCAAUGGCGGAAGCAGGAAGAGCAAAGCCAAAAGUCAAUGACUGCUGCCCUGAGAAAGAAGAAGGAUCUUCUGGUCGACGCAGGUCGUCAGCAAAAGGAGAUUGAAGUUCACAUCUCUGAGCUGGAGGCGGAGAUUAAAGGUGCCGAGGUCAAGGAACAGGGUCUUGAAGCUGAUCUGCAGCUCGCCCAGGAUCAGGAUCGCAAGGUUGUCCGCACUGGAAAGGGCAAGGGCAAGCUUAGCGCCCUGACGAAUCUGGCCAAGGGACGCGUUGAGGAGCUGCGCAAUGCCCUAGUAGAUGUACGUCGCCAGCGGGAUGAGGGCCGCGAGCGCGUGAAGGAGCUCGAAGAUAUCCUGGCCAAGGUCAAAGUGGAAUAUAAUCCCAACUUCAACGACGAGGGUGUGAAGCGGGCAGUUCGCAGCUAUGAGGACUACGCUGCUCGUGAGCAAGGCACGGAGGAUUCGAACGGUGCUAUUGACCGCGAUUUGGACGAGAUUUCCAAGGCCGACAGCACCGACAAUGGGGUCAACUGGGAGCACUGGGAGAAUGAAGAUGAUGGCUGUCAGGACUCAGAUCUAGUAUACAAGUUGGCGGCUUAUCUCCCCCCAUCCCUUGUGAGCUUCAUUGAAGGCAAGGUUCUCUCCGUCAAGGUCUAUCUCCAGGAGAAUGGCAUCUUGCCCAAGGCCAACGAGGACACUUCUUCAGAAUCCAAAGCCGUCACUCAGGCACGCGACGCUCUAAAAGAAACUCAAGAUUCUAUCACGAGUUUGAAGAACAAACUGCGUGACCAACGCGCCGACCUUGAAAAGGAUUACGGUACUGCCUCUAUCUUCCGUGCUCUGAAGGGGGUUUGCAUCUCUCAAGACGCGGGUGAAUACACAUACGAGCAUUGCUUCCUUGAGUCAACAAAGCAAAACCAGAGAAAGGGAGGCAACUCUGUGUCAAUGGGCCGAUUCGAGAAAGUCGGUACUACCACUGUGGAAGAGGUCAACGAAGCCGGUGAAGUUAUCAACGUCGAAAAGACUGUGAUCGAGUACACCCGUGGCCAGUCCUGUUGGAAUGGUCCUAAUCGGUCCACCAAGGUCAUUUUGGAAUGUGGUGAGGAGAACCAGAUUUUGAAGACAGCAGAGGAGGAAAAGUGUGUGUAUGCUAUGCUUGUCACCUCGCCGGCUGUCUGUAUAGGUGGUGAAGAGGCAGGUAAUGCCGCGCCUCGGUCGAAAGACGAGCUGUAA